AUGGCAGGAAUAGUUAGUAAUACUAAAAGGCUGGUGAGAGAGAGAAAGAUAAAAAAAGAAUGGCUUGCUUUAGGUAUUCGUCCUUCAAAUACACAAACCACUCUCAAUCCUACACAUAACACAGCAAAGACCUCAAAAUCGCUUAAUAGAAUUGAAUCAAACGACAGGCAAUAUUUUGAGAACUAUACAUUAAAAUAUUUGUUGCAAACAAAUUGUCAAGGUCAAAAACAUCAAUGGUCAUGGAAAGAAAAGUUAUUAUUGGCUUUUGGUUUUGGUUUGAUGGUUGCAGAAUGUAAAAGACAAAUGAAAACAGAUUUGAAGUUUUUUAACUGUAUUAAAUAUGGUACAUCAAAAGAACUAAGAAAGCUUCUUAAAGAUGGAUCUGUGAAUGUUAAUUUAAAGCACCAUCUUGGAUGGACUGCGUUGCAUCUUGCUGCUGUAAAUGGAAAUACGGAGCUUCUAAAAAUUCUGAUAGAAGCUGGAUGUGAUGUAAAUGCUGGAGACGAAUAUAUAAACAAUUACAGAACUGCUCAUGAAAAGGGUCUCAACACGUUUGAAGUUCUUCUUCAGAGGGAAACUGAAUUCAGUGAUGUACUUCGGGCUCAAGAAAAUUAUCUUGGUUUUACACCACUUCACUAUGCAGUGCUAGCUCACAGUUUAGAUUGUGUGCUAGCCUUGAUUGCAGCAGGUGCUAAUCCGCUGAUCGAAGCAUCUGGGCAUAAAGCCAUAGACCUAGCACAUGAUCAUAAAGAGAUUGAACGUGUUUUAAAAGAAUACAUUAUAAAGUUUGAAGAAGAUGAAAAGGAAAGGCAAGCAGAAGAGAGGAGGAAGUUUCCAUUAGAACAGCGUUUAAAGCAAUAUAUUGUUGGUCAAGAAGGUGCAAUAUCAAUAGUUGCCUCAGCGAUUCGUAGGAAAGAAAACGGUUGGGCAGAUGAUGAGCAUCCGCUUGUAUUUUUAUUCUUAGGAAGUUCAGGAAUCGGUAAAACAGAAUUGGCGAAACAAGUUGCAAGAUAUAUUCAUAAAGAAAAUCCUUCAUCUUUUAUUCGGUUAGAUAUGUCUGAAUAUCAAGAGAAGCAUGAAGUAGCAAAACUCAUUGGAGCACCACCCGGUUAUGUAGGGCAUGAUGCUGGAGGACAGUUAACAAAAAAUUUACGUAAUUGUCCUAAUGCGGUUGUUCUACUUGAUGAAGUUGACAAGGCCCAUCCUGAUGUCCUAACUGUUUUACUUCAAUUAUUCGAUGAAGGCCGUCUUACUGAUGGAAAAGGAAAAACAGUAGAAUGUAAAAAUGCAAUAUUUGUUAUGACUUCUAAUCUCGCAUCUGAAGAAAUAGCUGACCAUGCGAUGCAACUAAGAUCGGAUGUAAAAAGACUUGCUGCUAAAAAAGAGAUGGAAGAAUUAUCAGAGGAAGUAACAAUAUCACGUAGUUUCAAAGAUAAAGUUGUAAGACCAAUUCUGAAAAGGCAUUUUGGCAGAGAUGAAUUCUUAGGAAGGAUUAAUGAGAUAGUUUACUUUCUCCCCUUUUCUAAUUCUGAACUUAAUAAACUAGUAUCAAAAGAACUUAAUUACUGGGCUGCCAAGGCCAAAGAUAAACAUAAUGUGAUCUUAUAUUGGGAUACAGGUGUUGAAACAGUAUUAGCUGGUGGAUAUAACAUGCAUUAUGGUGCAAGGAGCAUCAAAUAUGAAGUGGAACGUAGGGUCAUCAGUAAAUUGGCAGCUGCUCAAGAAUCAGGUGUGCUUAAACCAGGCUGUUCAGUACAUUUAGUUGUCCAUUGGCCCGAUAAAAAUGAAGCACAAUCAGAACCUUCAAUUAAGCUGCGUUUGCAGCCUAAAGGAAUGAAAGACUUUGUAGAUAUAGAAGGCACUACUCCUUUGAAAAAGCUUACUAACGCUAUGGUUAAAAAAAACAUGUGGUCAUAA